AUGAAGAAUUGCGGUGACGGCAGUUCUUUGGAGCAGUCCCUUCUGAAGGAAUUUCCGAAACUGCACCUGGUCCCGCAAACAAAUCAGCUGAUUUUUCUAUUUACCAUCAUUCGCGACAAGAAGACAACCCGCACAGAUUUUGUGUUUUACUGCGAGCGGAUCAUUCGUCUUGUGGUGGAGGCGGGGCUUGAUUUGGUUCCUGUUCUGCCAAAGGAUGUGACGACACCAACCGGCGCCAUCUACAAGGGCUGCAUGCCUGAUCCACAAGGCAUUAUUGGCAUCAGCAUCCUUCGCGCCGGCGAGUCUAUGGAACGCGUUCUCCGGGAAACUUGCCGCGGUAUUCGCAUCGGAAAGAUUCUGGUCCAGCGGGACGAGAAAACAGUUGAGAAGUGUCCGGAUGAGCGGUAUAACUACAGCAAAGUUCCAAGGGAUGUGGCUGGACGUCGCGUGCUGCUUCUUGAUCCUAUGAUUGCGUCGGGCGGCAGCGCCAUCCACGCCACAGAUAUCCUUAUACGGGAAUACAAGGUGCCGGAGGAAAACAUUAUUUUUCUUAACCUUAUUACGUGCCCAGAGGGAAUCCGGCGGUAUAUGAGUAGAUUUCCAAAGGUCCACGUAGUGACCGCGGCGAUCGAUGGGGCUCUAGACGAUUCCAAAUACAUCGUCCCCGGACUGGGUGAUUUUGGCGAUCGCUACUUUGGGACACAUGAUUAA